GUCCGCGCGAGCAACGACAAGACCAGGGGACGGGCGGGCGCGAGGUCAGAGGGUAGAGCUGAACGAAGAUGGCGCCUGUCUCGGAGAGGCUGCGGUGGUUGUUUCUAGCAUGGAUUAUAUCCAUGUGCAUCACGACCACACAGUGUGUGGACAGAAGCAACUUCAAGACCUGCAACCAGAGUGCGUUCUGCAAACGCCAGAGGGGCGUGACUCCGGGAAACUCUCCCUACAGAGCUCUGCUCGACACCCUGGAGCUGAAUGAAAACAGCAUGAAACUGCAGCUCCUGAACAAGGUGAAUAAGGUUCCUCUGCUCCUCGAGGUGUCCGGGCUGGAGGGGAACAUGGUCCGGCUCCGAAUCAACGAGCUCAAACCGCUGAAGCCCCGCUAUGAGGUUCCGGACGUCCUCGUCAAAGAGCCGCGCACCGUCCCCCUGGCGGUGGUGUCCCGGGACGAGGGCAGUGUGGAGGUGUCUCUCAGCAGCCCGGAUCACCGGCUGGUCCUGACAGCCGAGCCCUUCCGUCUGGACGUGCUGGCGGGGAGGGAGCUGAUCCUGAGCGUCAACUCCCGCGGGCUGCUGGUCUUCGAGCAUCUGAGGCAACGCAAGGACACUUUCACGGCUAAAGUUAGUAGCGCAGUGGGUAGCAUGUGGGACACAAUCAGGAACGUGUUCUCUAGCGCGAGCAAAAAAGAAGAGUCCUCGGAAGAGGGAGAGGAGAAGGCAGACGAUACCGACCCCACAGCAGAGCAAACGGACGACAACAAGGCAGAGGAUGGAGAGGCUGAGAAAGUGAAGGAGGAGGAGGAGAAUGAAGAAGGGAUGUGGGAGGAGACAUUCAAGACGCACACGGACAGCAAGCCCAACGGUCCCACCUCCAUCAGUCUGGAUUUCUCGCUGCCUGGAGUUGAGAACGUCUACGGGAUCCCUGAACAUGCAGACUCCCUCAAACUCAAGACCACAGACAGCGGGGAUCCGUACCGACUCUUCAAUCUGGAUGUGUUUCAGUAUGAGCUCCACAACCCCAUGGCUCUGUAUGGGGCCGUGCCUCUCCUGCUGGCCCACAGCCCUCGCCGUACCCUGGGCAUCUUCUGGCUGAACGCAGCCGAGACCUGGGUGGAUAUCAGCUCCAAUACAGCUGGCAAGACGGUGCUGGGUAAGGUGCUGGAUUACGUGCAGGGCUCCAGCGAGGAGCCGCAGACAGACGUGCGCUGGAUCUCGGAGAGCGGGAUCAUCGACGCCUUCAUUCUGCUGGGUCCCAAACCCACCGACAUCUUCCACCAGUACGCCUCCCUCACAGGCACGCAGGCGUUCCCGCCCCUCUUCUCUCUGGCCUAUCACCAGUGCCGCUGGAACUACAACGACGAGGAGGACGUCCGCUCGGUGGACUCCGGGUUCGACCUGCACGACAUCCCCUGCGACGUGAUCUGGCUGGACAUCGAGCACACAGACGGCAAGCGAUACUUCACCUGGGACCCCAACAAGUUCCCCUCGCCCCGGGACAUGCUGCAGGGGCUGCAGGCCAAGAAACGCAAGAUGGUCACUAUCGUGGACCCCCACAUCAAGGUGGACAGCGACUACAAAAUCCACAAGGAAGUCCGCUCCCACGGCUACUACACCAAGACCAAAGACGGCAGCGACUACGAGGGCUGGUGCUGGCCAGGGACCGCAGGGUACCCCGACUUCACGGACCCCGAGAUGCGCUCCUGGUGGGCCAGCAUGUUCUCCUACGAUCAGUACGAGGGCUCGACGGAGAACCUCUACAUCUGGAACGACAUGAACGAACCGUCCGUGUUCAACGGGCCGGAGGUGACCAUGCACAAAGACGCCGUGCACAAGGGGGGCUGGGAGAACCGAGACCUGCACAACCUCUACGGCUUCUACGUGCAAAUGGCCACCGCGGAAGGGCAGGUUCAUCGGUCUGGAGGCACCGAGCGUCCCUUCGUGUUGACCAGAGCGUUUUUUGCGGGGUCGCAGCGAUACGGCGCGGUGUGGACAGGAGACAACGCAGCGGAGUGGGACCAUCUGCGGAUCUCCAUCCCGAUGUGCCUGAGCCUGGGUCUGGCUGGGAUCUCCUUCACUGGGGCGGACGUGGGCGGUUUCUUCAAGUCCCCCGACGCGUCGCUCCUGGUCCGCUGGUUCCAGACCGGCGCCUACCAGCCUUUCUUCCGCAGCCACGCCCACCUGGACACGCCCCGGCGCGAGCCCUGGCUGUUCGGGGACGAGAACACCCGGCUGAUCCGCGAGGCCGUGCGCCAGAGAUACGCGCUGCUUCCCUUCUGGUAUACCCUGUUCUACCAGGCCCACCGCACCGGGGAGCCCGUCAUGAGACCCCUCUGGGUGGAGUACCCAACGGACGUCUCCACGUUUGCCAUCGAUGACGAGUACAUGCUGGGGGGAGCGUUGCUGGUGCAUCCAGUCACUGAGGAGGGAGCCAGGGGGGUCACAGCCUACCUGCCUGGGAAAGAGAGGUGAGUGUCUGUCUCCCCG